AUGGCCUCCGCGAAGCACUCGUCACCAACGCUGGGAACAGGAUCGCCAUUCAAGAGCCAUCGACCGCCCGGUGUGCCGUCGAGAACAGCCGAGCUCUGGGACGAGUAUGAGAAGCAGGCGAUUGAGAAAGCAAAGGAAAGAGAAGAUGCCGUACCGAAGCCUCAAGCCCACUUUGCGCCACAUUUGGAAACCAGUCAAAUACGGGAGCAGAGAGACGGCUCAACGGCAAGAUCCAGUUUUGACUUUAGAUUCCGACGCGCCCACGCUGCUGCUGCUGCUGCUGCUGCAUCCUCGACUACCAACAACACUGGCGAUACAACACCGCCUCUGAGCCCGAUAGUGCACAGUUUUACGUCCAAAGACCUCCAGGAACUUCACCGAAGCCCCACGAGAGAAGAAGCCAUUAUACCCACUGCCUCGUCGCCCAGACGCACCUCCUUCUGCCGCCUGCCACCACACCUGACGGACCACUCGAACCGCAGCGCCGCAAUGCAACUCCCCGUUCCUCUACGGGUGCGAACAAAGUCGCUAGUUGACCCGAACGAGCCAGCGCUGCGUCUACAAAUCACACAGCAAUCUUUUGCGACGCUCUCGCAUCUCAACUCGCCGCCCAUGACACCGACGUCGUCGCCGCCCUGGGCCUCGCAGUCGUCGUCGUCGUCAACGACGUGCUCGACGCGGCGAUCCAGCGCCACCACCAGCAACCUGCUGCCCAAGCCGCGGUACCUGCACACGCGCAACGACAGCGGCACGCCAUCUGAAUUCAGCGCAAUGUACCAGACGGUGUCGACGGCGACGACGCCGCCGGCCAGCGUCCACCGCUUCGGGUACCCGCUGCAGAACACGAUGAGCGCGUGGGACGACUGGGACAGCGACGAAGACGACGACGACGACGCGGCCGAUCGCCCGGGUCUCACCGCGUGGAUGGGGCGGCGUAGAGGCAAGAGCCGCGGCGCCGGUAGUAGUAGCACUGGUGGUGGCGGUGGUGGUGGUGGUGGUAAAGCAAGCAUAGACCAAGGCGAUAGCUCGGGCGAGGAACCUCCGCGCAAGAGCAAGCAGGAAGAGAGAAUCGAUCGCGUGGCGAGAAUUGAAGCCGUCGCGCCUAUUGGACCUGCGGGUCCCGCUGCUACCACGGCUGUCAUGCGAGCAGAUCGUCUGGUCGCUUUGCCGGCCAAGGAGAGGGUCAAGCGUCAAGGGCCGAGUGGCUUUGUCAGAGUGCUCAGCUGUGGAUGUAUGACAGAGUAA